GGUUGUAGGAGUCCGGACCGACCGCAGAGUGAGUGAGAGAGCAGCCGCAGAAACACGCGCGUCCCCGGGAGCUGCGGGACUUUAUUCUGGAGAAGUUCAAGAGACCAACUGGAUUUUCUGACUUUACAAAGAUUUUAAAGAUCCUGUUGAGAUGUUUCCUCACGUCCUCACACACCUGCUCUGUCUGGUGUGUCUGUGCGCCGCUCGUCCUCAACCAGCUCCACCAAACUCCAUGAGGAUGGAGAAGAGCUCGCCGGCAGCGGGCUCUCUGUCGGGCCGGGUGGUGCUGCCGUGUCACUUCUCCAUCAUGGCGGUUUCUCCCGGCACCUCGACACACACUCCCUCAGACACCACCCCCACUCCCGCACCCGGACCCCUCCUCCCCGCCGACGACCUUCACACCCCGGGUCCCGACGAGCAGCUGAGGAUCAAGUGGACGAAGCUGGAGGGAGAGGAGGAGAAGGUGGUGCUGGUGGCCCAGGGAGGGGUGGUGAAGGUGGGGCAGGAGUUCAGGGGCAGGGUGUCGGUGGCGAGCUACCCGCUGUCGGUGGGAGACGCCUCUCUGAUGAUGGUCAGGCUCCGGGCCAGCGACGCAGGGCUGUACCGCUGCGAGGUGAUGCACGGGAUGGAGGACACGCAGGACACCGUCAAUCUCAGCGUCAGCGGUGUUGUGUUCCACUACCGGGCGAACACCAGCCGCUACACUCUGGAUUUCCCCGCAGCUGUGGAGGCGUGUCACGCUGCAGGCGCCUCCAUCGCUUCACCUGAACAGCUGGAGGCGGCUUUUGAAGACGGCCUGGACCAGUGUGACGCAGGCUGGCUCGCCGACCAGUCAGUCAGGUAUCCCAUCACCUUCCCUCGUCCCGGCUGUGCAGGUGAUCUGUUGAGCCGACCAGGAGUGAGAACAUACGGCGUCCGCGACGCCACAGAGAAAUACGACGUGUACUGCUUCGUAGACGAACUACAAGGUGAGGUCUUCUACCCUCCGUCCAUCAGCGACAAGCUCACCUGGCAGCAGGCGUGGGAGGAGUGCGAGAAGCAGGAGGCCGUGCUGGCGUCGCCCGGUCAGCUGUUCGCAGCCUGGAGGGCGGGGCUGAACCGGUGCGACUACGGCUGGCUGUCCGACGGCAGCGCCCGCUACCCCGUCACCGUCCCCAAGCCUCAGUGCGGGGGAGGCCUGCUGGGCGUCCGCACGCUUUACAAGUACGAAAACCAAACUGGCUUCCCGGACCCCACCGACAGGCACGGAGCUUUCUGCUUCAAAGCCAAACUACCGGAGCCAACGACCAUGAGUCCGGCGAACGACGACCCCACGUCCGACCCCCCAGACACCACACUGUGGCCGCUCUCAGAGCUUGAACAGGCUGAAAUUCAAACAAGGAGAGCAGAGCCUGCAGCACAUCUACCGACAGAGAGACCACACACAGCCUCACCAGACCAGCAUGGACUCCCCCACAACUCCCCUCGCACCACAGCCUCCCCCACCCCCACCCCCUUAGUCUUAGACAACGAUAGUCAGCCCCCUGACGUAAACAAGGUGGUUGUGCCAGUUAGAGGAGACGUGGCGGUCCCCCUGCAGCUGCCCGUCUUACCCACCACCCGCUCACAGACCCCAUACCUUGACAUCUCCCAUGGGGGGGACAAGGGAGGCCAAGCGGGGUCAGGCAGCGGGGAGGGAGGCAGCAGCGAUGGGUCUGAGGUGGAAGCUGCGGUGACCCCAGCACAGGUGUGGGUGGAAACCGUAACGAGACCGAGUUGGCUUCCAGAGACCACCGAGGGGGCGGAGCCAAGCGUGGAGACUACAUCGAAACCACGAGAGAUCACGCCACAGCAGCACGUCGACCCACAGACCCUGACCCCGGAGCCCGGCCCCCCGGACGGCAGUGGAGACGCCGGGCAGCAGCAUCCAGCAGUGGUCUUCAAAGAGGACGUCACCCCCGGACCUAUACCGACCUUUGACCUCGACCCAUCACUGGUCAUACCUGACGGCGAAGAGUCGUCGGCCAAACCCCCUUUCCACCUCAUCAUCGUCAACGUGCACAGCCAGAAUCAGUCAGUCGACCAGAUCCUGGAUUUCAUAAACCAGCCUGUGAGCGGCAUCGACGGCUCCCACUCCCAGUUCCCCCACAUGCCUGGCUUUUCACAGGUCACCAGCGACGCCGUCCAGGGCAGCGGAGACGUCGACUCUCCGGAGGCUUCACCCAUCAACCUGCCUCCGACCGUCAGCUUUGUCAACGGAAAACAUGAGGUGACAUUUGAGCCGGAGCAGCCAGAGGAAGCCAGGGGCGACCAGUUUGAGACGGCUACACCUGUUCGGGUAGAAGACGUGGAGGUGGAGGAGAAGGAGGAGAAGGAGGAAGAGGAAAGCACGACUCCUUUUGACUACAAUCUCUUAGAGAUCCACACAGAGGAGACGCCCACAGAGGAAACCAGUGAUGCCGUCACUCAUUCUGCAGAUUUGUACCCAGAUGAAGUUACAGAUUCGGGUACGGAUGCCGAUACGGACUAUGACGGAGUCAGAACCCAAGAACCAGAUGAUCAGACCACCACCACAACCGCCUUCACACACCUUGUUUCAUCACCAGCACCUAGCACACCGUCAGGCCCGGUUCUCCCCGGUGUCUCCCAGCCCGUCACUGCUGUGGUCUCCGUCUACGAGGACAUGGAAGGUUCUGCAACAGCUGGCCCUGACGGUGCUGCGCAGGAGGGCUCUGCGGACGACGCCGUGCCCACCCCGGCCGCAGACGGCCAGGUGAGCGUGAUGACUGACGAGGCCGAAAUCGGGGUUCCCGAGCUUCCUACGUCGACCCCAGAUACUCGGCCACAAGAAACCACCACACAGACCCAGACUGAAGACUCUGAAGGUUCCGCCUCUGGAGAAGACGAAGCUUCAGGGCAAGACCCACCGGAGACGCCCAGGCUUACCAGCACGCUACCACCGAUCCAUUCUACCUUUCACACCCAAAGGCCUCAACCUGCGGCGGGUUCUGAGGUCACAGAACUCCCUGUGGUUUCACCGGCUGUUGACACGAGUUCAGAAACAGGUUCAGGUGCAGAGCAGCUGUCCGGCGACGGGGAGGGUUCUGGGGAAAGGGACAUUCUGGUUGACCUUCCCAGACAGGUCACCGUUACGGUUUUACCAGCUGCGGCAGCUGUUGAAGAGCAAAACACAGUCCGUGCACACAUAAAGGACGUGACCUCUGAACCCAGCACGUCAGAACCCGCCACACCUGCCUCCCCUGCUGCCACAGACGAUAAGAAACAUCCCGCUGUUACCACCGAGCCUGCACCCACGACCUCCGACAACCACACCACGCACCCCACCGUUCCUUACAGAGACCAGCCUGAACAGUCCACCACAGGUUCCACCACAGGUUCCACCACGAGUUCCACCACGAGUUCCCCCACAGGUUCCACCCCAAGCUCCACCCCAAGCUCCACCACAGGUUCCACCACAGGUUCCACCACGAGUUACACCACAGGUUCCACCCCAAGCUCCACCACAGGUUCCACCCCGAGUUCCACCCCAAGCUCCACCACAGGUUCCACCCCAAGUUCCACCACGAGUUCCACCCCAAGUUCCACCACAGGUUCCACCCCAAGUUCCACCACAGGUUCCACCCGAAGCUCCACCACAGGUUCCAUCCCAAGUUCCACCACAGGUUCCAUCCCAAGUUCCACCACAGGUUCCAUCCCAAGUUCCACCACAGGUUCCACCCCAAGUUCCACCACAGGUUCCCCUAAGUACGUAAGCCAGCCAGCCCUGUCUACCACCUCGCCCUUAUACACUUUCGACCAAAGCGCCCACUCCGUCCCUGAGUGGGCGCUGCUCCCCGACCCGGCCGCCACCCCUCUCCCAGAGGAUUUUGAAGACUAUGACAAAGAGAUCGUCCCCGCUCUGGUGGAGACGGUUCCUCGCAGACCGGAAGAGACCGAGGCCACGGAGCAGCCAGAGACCGGCACUGACUCGGCUUAUUCUGUGGAGGCCAGCACGGUGAACAUCAGAGAUCUCCUGCCGUGCACAAUCAGUGUGUGUCAGAACGGAGGCUCCUGCUACAGGAGGGGAGCACAAAAUAUCUGCGUGUGCGCACCUGGAUACACCGGACAGCUGUGUGAAACAGAUGUUGACGAGUGCCAGUCCAACCCGUGUCUGAACGGAGCCACCUGUCUGGACAAAGUUAACUCCUUCACCUGUGUGUGCCUGCCCAGCUACGCAGGAGAGCUCUGUGAACACGACACCGAGGUGUGUGGAUUUGGUUGGCAGAAGUUUCAGUCUCACUGCUACAAGUACUUCACCCACCGUCGGACGUGGGACGCCGCUGAGAGGGAGUGUCGUCUGCACGGAGCUCACCUGGCCAGCAUCCUGUCGCAGGAGGAACAGCUGUUCGUCAAUCGUCUGGGCAGUGAUUACCAGUGGAUCGGCCUCAACGACAAGAUGUUUGAGAGGGACUUCAGGUGGACCGACGGCAGGCCGAUGCAAUACGACCACUGGAGGCCGAACCAGCCGGACAGCUUCUUCCAGUCUGGAGAGGACUGUGUGGUGAUGAUCUGGCAUGAGGGGGGGCAGUGGAACGACGUGCCCUGCAACUAUCACCUGACCUUCACCUGCAAGAAGGGAACAGUGUCAUGUGGGCAGCCCCCCGUGGUGAAGGAUGCUCGAGUGUUUGGAGCCAUGAAGCCUCGAUACGAGAUCAACUCCCUGCUCCGCUACCACUGUAAACAGGGCUUCAUCCAGAGACACAGCCCCACGAUACGUUGCCGGGCCCACGGCCAGUGGGACACACCGAAGGUCACCUGCAUGAGCCCCGCAACUUACCACAACUCAUUUAGUCUCCGGCGCCACGGCAACCAGAACAACGAGCAGCAGAGCAGGCACUACAACUACCACGUCCAUCACUCCAAGAGUCAUCAGAAACACAGUCAAAACCAGGAGCAGCAGCGGCAGAGUUACAACAUCCUGCAGAGCCUCUGGAACCCGUUCCAGAACCGAGUCCAGAGGGAGAAGAGGGAACCGCAGGACCAGACACAGAACCAGGAUCCCAUCAGACACUGAUUCUCUUUGUGGGUUUCUAUUAAUCGGCUUGGCGGCAGGCGGGCCGCGUCAGUGCAGAGGCAUCGAUAGACAGACGGAGUGAUGUACUGAACUGUCUAUGGAUGGCUCUGAAAAGGACAAAGGGAGACGCUUCACCAGCACACUGUCCACAAACACUCCAGGAUCCGAACCGUCACACUCGUGAGAAUUUAGUUCAUUCGUAAAGUUAGUCUCAGAGCUCUCAACAGGAAGGCCGGUGCCUUCAUGGCCUCACUGUGUGGUUAACCCAACAGUCAAACACCACACGGGUGGGUGGUCUGUGAAACUCUAGUGAGUCAUUGUUCUCUUCUCUGGACUUCUCUGUUAACCCAGUGCCUUCUGGGAGAUCUCACUUUAUAGGUGCCCCGUGUAAGUCUCUUUUUCUGUCAACAAUCACAGUUGUGUUCAAAGGGAAAACGUUGCGUUCAGUGCAUUUCUUUUAUCGUUAGACAUUAGCAAAGCAAUUUUUUAUUUUUUGGAAGAAUUUUAAAUCUACUAAUUGUUUACGUCCGUGAGAGAAAGUGUCCAAGAAACGGUGCGACCUGCGAGGCGAAGGUCACAUGACUGAUUAGGAAAGCUAAGCUAGCACUAUGGAACAUGUCUGUUUGUUUCCUGCUAAUGUGAGGAAGGUUUCCAGCCUCCUCAUCAUCGCUCCACACACAUCUCAUGUUUCCUGACGUUUUUACUACGUUUGUUUCCGCUGCACUUUUCUUUUAUUUUGCAGUAUUUCCUUCAGAUUUUUUUAUGCACAAAUUGAAAAUACACAUAAAAAUAGGUGGAUGAAAACACAGCUAUUGUUAUAGAAGCGCAAUGCUAAAUGGGUGAAAUACUCCUUUGGGUUCUUCUUCACUGUUUUACCUUCAUACAGUACAAGGAGACAAGCUAUCAAGGCUACCAAAAAGUAGCGUAUUGAUAACUUGAGUGUAUCUGUAACCCUUGCCCUGCGAGGUCGUAGCGGUUUUCCUCCUUCAUGCUUUUCUUGGUGUUUUACAGCAUCAGAAUCAGGUUCAUCAUCAAACAGGUUUUCACAUUACAAGGAAUUUGUUUUGGUGUUUUUGGUUCAUACCAAUAAACAUAGUAAGAAGAAAAAUAUAAAGAUGGAGCAAAAGCAGGUUCUGCAAUUCAGGUAGCUUAAAUAUAAGUACGUUUUUCAAUAUAAUAUUUACAUUAAUGCAUUUCUCCACUUCUUGGCUCGUUCAAACGGCAUCGGCAGGACUGUGCUUCACGUCCUGACAACCACUAUCAAAAACUGUUGCUCUGCGGCGCCUCUAGUGGUCAAAAACUCCUCAGGGCACCUUUCAUUUUGAGAAAAAUACGGCACAUACAAAAUGACCAGUAUAAUGUCAACACAAUAUUCACUGAAAUAUCUGUGGUUUAUUUUUUCAUGAGCUGUAGUCCAGUAGAGUUUAGGAUUUAGAUGAUGUUAUUGAUCGACUAUAAAGACCAUGAACGCAUCACUUUAAAUUAUUAUCACAGAACAUGUCCAGUUUGUCCGGCCUCAGUUCGUGCAGCUUAUUACCACCCAUAUCUUUAACUGGUUGAUUUCCCUUGUAGAUUUUUGUACAAAAUAUUUUUUAGCGUAGAAAAAAGGUUUUUAAAUGAGGGAGGGGAGAUUUAAAGAGCGGCACACAGAGCUGAGGGAGGACAGUAGAUUAUCAUGAAUGUGUGGUGUGUGCUGUGGAUAUUAAUCAUAGGAUAUAUAAUAUAGAUACUAUAUGAAGCCAUAAGAAUUUAACUUAUUGUAUACUUAAACUAUGAAUGGACUGUGAUAUUAAACAAAGGUCAUUGGAACUGAAGUGAUUCUGUUAAUGACGACUUCCUUGCUGUUUACAGAUUCUGCCGUGUUGUUUCCUGCAGAGGGAACAUCUCGUCGUUUUCAGAGACGUUCGCUGCAUCUGUUUUAGCGCCGUUAGCUGAGCUGUUGAUGCGUUUUCAUUUUCGCUGUGACCUGAUGAAUUCACCACCAAAACCAACAUUUUCUACAUUUAUGAAGUUGGGUUUGUUUUUUCGUUGUUGUUGUUCUCAGCUUGAUGCAGUGUGUUGCUUCGGAAACUGUUUUUAACCCAACAAAUAAGGGAAUGUGAAAAAGACGCAUAGAGACGAAUUUUUUUUUUUUUUUAUAUGACCCUUAUGAAUUUAUGAAUUUUACCUUCUUUUUCCCAUGUUUUCCUUUUUAUAUAUUGUUUGUCAGUGUAUAUGCAUUUUUUAAGAAUCUUUUUCUACUCCAUGUGGUUAGUGGGGUUUACUGUGUCUGUGGCACAAGAGCUUAUUUUUUAUGUAAUCAUUGUUUCUCUCUCUGUUCAAGUUACUGUAAAAGAAAAAAAAAAAGUCCAUCAUCCUGGUGUCAAUGUCGUUGUCAGCUGUGUGUGCAAUAAUAUGAACUCUUAUAACUCCA